AUGAAAGAAGUGACUUCCACAGCGCCGCCCGCUGUCGCGCCCUCCCCGACCUCCUCGACAUCCCACACCCCACUCGGCAGCGAUGCUGGCCAAGCUGCUCCUUCACCCCUUCACCCGCGGGUGGCUGUCAUACUGGGGGUUGACCGCAGAUGGUACAUCCCUCUGCUGGUCUGUCGGGCAAUGAGCACGGUGCCUUCUGCCUGGUGGGGGCUGCGAUGCGCCUUCACCUUUUUGGCAGAACUGUUGCAUAUUCGGCCCGGCAUGGGACGCGAGGGGUGGGCGGCGGCGAUUGUAGGCAGCGUGGGACAGGAGUGGGAUGUUGAGAGGAGGUUUCGUGUUACUGAAGUCGCUCUGGCUAUUAUGUGGUGCUGUGCAUCCGCAUAUCUAUCUUAUUUCUUUGCAGAUUGUAUGAUGUCUCGAUGGCUCUUGAAUUAUACACCUCCGGCGGUUGUCAUCCGCCUUUUAACAACGAAUGGAUUGAUCGCAUACACUACUUCCUGGGUUCUCUAUCUCUCUGGCGCAUCCUCUGACCCUAGGCUUCUACUACCCGCCUGGAUAUCCAUCACCACUAGCUUAACCUUCGUCUACCACGCUACCCAAAACCACGCGACGAUAAAACGAGAAACAACAGCAUCCUUACUAGUCGUCUCAGUGGCCAGUUUCCUCAGCAUGUCCUCGCUGCUCUUACAACUCCAUCUCACCCGCGAAAACGAACCAGAAGUCCCAGUCUUCGUGAUCACCCGCAAACUCUGGGACUGGGCGGUAGCAAUCUUCCUGCGCAUGCGAGUCGCAGAUCCCGCAGAACUUUGA